AUGACUGUGAAAGAUUUUCCUGAAGAAUGUUGGGAAUCAGUCUUCAGAUUCCUUGGCCUUGGUCAUCGUCAUUUGAAUGGCCACCGUGAAGGCUUGCUUCGUCAAAUUUCACAAUCUGGGUUGGAGCUUGAUUUGAUUAAUCUAUCCAACCAGAGAACAUUUCCUGUUGAUGGCUUGCGAGAACUUGGCUCAAACAAGAAAAAAUUGACGGUUCUGAUCUGCUCAAACAUUGGCUCGCUUCGUGAUAGUCAUCUGGUAAUCAUAGCUUAUUGUUUCCCAUUGCUUGAUAAGCUUGACAUAAGCUUCCCAUUGAAUUCUCAAGCAUCUGAUUUUGGGGUUCUAAGGCUGUCUUCUAUGCUUGAGAAUCUUCGCAAGAUUAAUAUCUCUGGUAAUCAUUUGAUCACUGAUAAAUCAUUGUUCUCUCUUUGCCAAAACUGGUCAUUGGAAGAGAUUUCAUUCUUCAUCUGUUUUAAGAUCACUCAAACAGGCAUUGCCUCUGCGAUCCGCCUCAGACCCGGUUUGAGCUCCAUUGCCUUUAACAUUGAAAAGAAAAGAAUACAUGGACCUGGUUUAACACUCACCCCCAUUGACUUGAAUUUGAUCGAUUCAUUCAGGACUUUGAAAAGGUUAACUGAUAUUGAUUUGUCCAAUUCUGUUAUCUCGGAUGAGUUUCUCUUUGCGGUUGCAGAAGGUGCAGGUCUUCUGCUAAAGAAGCUUAUCCUCCAAGACUGUUGCAAUUGUACAUUUUCAGGAAUCUCGUAUGUGUUAUCCAAAUGCCAAUCUGUUCAAUGCUUGGAUCUUCGGAAAGUUGAUUUCUUAAGUGAUCAAUGUAUCAGCAAGUUAUCUGUGUUUCUUCUUAGCCUAACCACUAUAAACCUCAGUGGUUGUUGCCAGCUGACAAAUUCAACAUUUUUCAUUCUCACAAGAAACUGUCCUUUGCACAGUCAGAAAGUGAUUGCUCUUGUGGUUCCUCUAAAUAAGUGAACUUUAUAAGCUGAAUAAUUCAGCAAUUGCAUGAGUAUUCUGAAUUCUCUGCAGUUGAUUGAAUUGAACUAGUUUAGGUAACGUUAAAUUUAGUUGUUUUAACCUAAUAUAAACAUUCAUGUUAAUCUCACCAAUUACACGUCAGUGGAUAAACUUUCUUAUAAUACCAAAUUUUGUAUUAACUUUCUUUAUAUUAACGAGCAGGAAGAAAAAUAUGAAGGUGGUGGAAGAAUUUAUCUCCUGAGUGGAACUCUCUGGAUUGAUUAUAAAACAUAAAUAAGUUACUUGCUUUGUAUUAACAUGAAUGUAUUUGUUACAUAAUUAAGGCAAAGAAUAAUGAAUGG